ACUUCAACACUGACCAUGGCCACAUCAGCAACAUCUGUCAGUCAGGCUGCAUCGCCUGCCUUUACCUUCUCUGCCUCGACCUUCCAGAAACUACAUCCUUCAGAAUACUUUCGCAAGUUCGUCUCUCAAGGAGUGCGCCCCGACGGACGACUCCUCAACAGCUUUCGUCCAACGACAGUUCACUAUGGUGUGAUCACCACUGCCAAUGGCUCUGCCAUGGUUCGCAUGGGUGGCACAACCGUUGUAUGCGGAGUCAAGGCUGAAGUCACAGAGCCCAAACUGGAUGCCCCCAAUCAAGGAUAUCUUGUGCCCAAUGUGGAUCUUUCGCCUAUCUGCUCGAGUGUGUUUAAACCAGGUCCUCCUAGUGAACAGGCGCAGGUGGUGUCAGAGUCGAUCAAUCGAGUCUUGAAAGAGAGUAACGUUUUGAAUCUCAAAGAUUUGUGCAUCGAGGAGGGCAAAGCCGCAUGGGUAUUAUGGGUCGAUGUCGUUUGCGUGAGCUAUGAUGGAAACAUUAAUGACGCUGCUCUGACCGCUGUCAUGGCUGCCCUCGGAAACGUGCGCAUUCGCAAGCCGGCAUACGAGGAAGGAAUUGUGAAAGUGCCUGGAUCAGGAACUGUCAGUAAUGAGAACUCAUUUAAAUUGAGCCUGCUCAGGAUGCCGCUGAGCUCAUCUUUUGCACUUUUUGAUACAACCUUGACUCUACUCGCAGAUCCAGACUUUGCAGAGGAAUCGAUUGGUAUGGGUCAAAUCACUGUAACUCUCGAUGAGCAUGGACAGCUGUGCGCGGUCUCGAAAGUAGGCGCUGCAACGAGUUCGCAGGAAGUACUGAAACAGUGUGUGAUAAGGGCAAGAGAGCGUAGCCAGGAGCUGCGGACCAUUAUGAGGCAACAGCACCAAUAAAUUCACUCGAUGCUUCAUAGAUUAUUUGUCCAGAGUAG